UUUUCCUGUGUGACACUAUUGUAUUACUGAAGGAUUAUUUAUUACGAAACUAUUAUCUAAAAUGUAUUAUUGACCCUUUUAGAUUUAAAUCGUAGCAGCCGACUAAACCAAAAUAUUUUGAAAGUUUUCCAAAAACACACAAUAUAGAAGAAGAGUGAAACUCAUUAAUUAAUAGAAACUAAACUAUUUUAACCGGACUAAAGUCUAAACAACAUUACGUUUAGAAAUUGAUAAUCGACGUUUUAUAGAACUGGCGAUCUCCUAUAGAUGAACCACCGAGAAGUUUCAAGAUAAAAACAAAAAAAUAAAAAUAGCCAACACUCUUAUCUAUUCAUCCAUUUGCAGGUCAAUGACAACGUAAUUUUCCACAAUCGAAUCUUCCUUAUUCUGUACACAAACUUCUUCUCUAUGUAUGUUAUGUAAGUAAACUAAUAUUAAAAUUGAAUUUGUCAAAGACUUUCCUCUUGGUCACGUCUGCUAUAUAUACUUGUCCUUCAUUCACACAAAUGUUUAUCUCCAACACACUUCUCUUUCUCUCAACUUCUCUAUCUCUCUCUCUCUCUAGCUCCGAUUGUAUUUUAAAGCUAUCACGUGUCACGUGUCUGGUUCGCAGCUCUAAGAAAAAAUGGGUCUUCCUCUAAUGAUGGAGAGAUCAUCAAACAACAACAACAACAACAACGUUGUCGAGCUUUCUCGAGUUGCGGUUUCAGACACUCACGGCGAAGACUCACCCUACUUCGCCGGCUGGAAAGCUUACGAUGAAAACCCUUACGACGAAUCUCAUAACCCUUCCGGUGUCAUUCAAAUGGGUCUCGCUGAGAAUCAGGUCUCGUUUGAUCUUCUUGAAACUUACUUGGAGAAAAAGAAUCCAGAAGGUUCGAUGUGGGGAUCAAAAGGAGCACCUGGGUUCCGUGAAAACGCACUGUUCCAAGACUACCACGGUCUCAAAACUUUCAGACAAGCCAUGGCUAGCUUCAUGGAGCAGAUUCGAGGAGGUAAAGCUAGAUUCGAUCCUGACCGGAUCGUCCUCACCGCCGGAGCCACGGCCGCUAACGAACUCUUAACUUUCAUUCUCGCCGAUCCUAACGACGCCCUUCUAGUUCCCACACCGUAUUAUCCAGGAUUCGAUAGAGAUUUGAGAUGGAGAACCGGAGUGAAAAUAGUACCGAUCCAUUGCGACAGCUCGAACCAUUUCGAGAUAACCCCGGAGGCGCUUGAGUCGGCGUACCAGACAGCUCGUGACGCGAACAUUAGAGUCCGAGGAGUGCUCAUAACCAACCCAUCGAACCCAUUAGGCGCGACGGUCCAAAAGAAGGUUCUAGAAGAUCUCCUUGACUUUUGCGUACGCAAGAACAUUCACUUGGUCUCAGACGAGAUCUACUCCGGCUCCGUCUUCCAUGCCUCCGAGUUCACCAGCGUUGCCGAGAUCGUAGAGAGCAUCGAUGACGUGUCAGUCAAGGAACGUGUCCACAUCGUCUACAGUCUCUCCAAGGAUCUUGGUCUUCCUGGUUUCCGCGUGGGAACUAUAUAUUCGUACAACGAUAAUGUUGUGCGGACAGCGAGAAGGAUGUCGAGCUUCACGCUUGUCUCGUCUCAGACACAACACAUGUUGGCUUCUAUGUUGUCGGAUGAGGAAUUUACGGAGAAGUACAUCAGGAUAAACCGGGAAAGACUUAGAAGACGGUACGAGAUCAUUGUGGAAGGGCUUAAGAAGGCAGGGAUUGAGUGUUUGAAGGGGAACGCAGGGCUAUUUUGUUGGAUGAAUUUGGGUUUCUUGCUCGAAAAGAAAACUAAAGACGGUGAGCUACAGCUUUGGGAUGUGAUCUUGAAGGAGCUUAAGCUGAAUAUAUCUCCUGGAUCUUCGUGCCACUGCUCGGAGGUCGGAUGGUUUAGGGUUUGUUUUGCUAAUAUGAGUGAAAACACUUUGGAGAUUGCGUUGAAGAGAAUACAUGAGUUCAUGGACCGACGAAGGAGGUUUUGAAAUGAAAAAGAAAAAAAAAAAAAAAAAAGUAAAGUAAAUCCCUUUUUUUGGUGGUUAAUAUAUGGGGGAGGGAAAAUUAAUUUUUUAGGAAGGAGAAGAUGAUUAAUUGAAAAUCAUUGAUGAAAAAUGGGUUUUGAUUUGUUUCUCUUUUCUAGAUAUUAUUGUUUGUUUUCUUGCUUUGGACGAAGCAAGUUAAUUUCAUACUCAUCAAGGUUGAUCUGUAAUAUUUGUUGUUAUAAACGACUUGUUUUUUAAA